UAAAAAAGUUCAUUGCAUCCCAGGGUGCGGGUUUGCUCUUCCCCCCUAUUGCGGGGAAUUGGAUUCCCGAUGGCUAGCGCACUGCGCCCCGCUAGAAGAGUUGCUACUCCUCCACACCUCCACAGCUCAUCCUUCGUGGGACACCUCCUCCUUCACGCCGACAUUGCCGACACCUCCUCCUCCACCGAGCGCAUUGCUCCUCUCCGAAGGCGAUGCGGGCACGACCUCCUCUAGUGUCCACCUAUCGACAUGUCCCCUGUUGGGCUGCUCUCUGCUCCCCGAAGGAGGCUGGAUGAAUUGCUUGGGUAGGAGGCCGUGGAAGCGGUCGGACGAGACAAUGCAUGCACCACAACCAACCUCAAACGCACAUGCGACAGGAGCAAUGACCAUUAGCAGCAAAUCUUUCUUUCCCCUGCUCUUCCUAUAAAAAAGGAGUGAAUUGCAAAAAACAUCGACACUUCAGGCAAGGUUUGCAGAAACCACACAUUUACGGAAUUGUGCCAAAAAGCACUAAUUUUUUCAUAAUUUUUUGCAAAAAACACUAGUUGACUGUUUUAGCCCAUUUAAUGACGAUUAUGACAGAUGGAGCCCACUUUUGUUGACGUGGCGUAACGGUUCGAGACAGUCGUCGUUAUACGUUUUUUUGCCAAAAACUCCUCCUUAAAAAACAAAACAGCCAGCCACCCCUCCCAACACUGCUGUCCCCUUCCUCCCGGCCUUGCAAGCUGCGCCGCCGCCGUUGACUGAUGUCUGAGCCGGCGAAGCACGAGCGCGCCGGCGUGCGGGCCGAGGCCGUUGAGUCAGCUCGGAGCGGUGGAGGCCGACAUGUGCACGGGCAGCAGCGCGCGCCGGCCGUGACGGGCGCGAGCUGCGGCGGCCCCGGCCAUGCGGAUGCGGGCAUGCUGCUGGUCAGCUCGGAGCUCCGAGUGGCGCCGGCCGCGACGGGCACAAGCAGCAGCCACGCCGGUCGCGCACGGGCAGCGGCGCGCCGGCCGUGCGUGGACGAGAGCACCAGCUCGGGCCACAAGCAGCAGGCGGGAUGGGAACGAGCAGCAGCAGCCGCCCCGGCUGCGUCUGGGCGCGUGCCGCGACGCCAUGAGCGAGUAGCAGCGGGGACGGGAAUGAGCAGCAGCCGCCGCCGCGUCGGCCGCGCAUCUGCGACACUGUGCGCGAGCAGCAGCAGGGACGGGAACGAGCAAGAGAAGCCGCGCCGGCCGCGUGUGGGCGUGAGCAGAGGCGCCGGCGGCCAUGCUCCAGGUGAGCUGCUCGGGUGGCUCGAGCUCGAGCUCCAUCGGCCCAGGCGACAUGAGUCAACGGUGAGACAAAUCUAGCAGCCGAUUGCUUUUUUGAUUUUUAAUUAAGGGGGUCUUUGUAAAAUUACAGGGUCUAUUUUGUAAAUCUAAAAAAACCCUCACCUAACGGUGUCUAUCCUGAACCGUUAUGCCACGUCAUCAUUUGCGGGACCCGCAUAUCAUAAUCAUGCUCAAAACGGUCUAAGCCGUCAACUAGUGUUUUUUGCAAAAAAUUAUGAAAAAAAUUAGUGCUUUUUGGCACAAUUCCGUAAA